UAAUGUAUGCAAAUAAGUUGGCUGCUCUACACCUUUUACAGUUACUUGGAGCUGGUUUACCCGCAAAUGUGACGACGAUUAGCAGUAAUUCUAUAAAUAUUAGUCAAAAUGCUUCACAGACUACCCCCAAAUCUACUAUGAUUACUAGUGCCGUGGCAUUAACUAUCACCGUGACAGCUGAACCACUGCCAAAGCCUAGUAUGGAAAUUGUAAAGCCUCACUCAACAUCAACAUGUCACACUAAUCCAUUUACUUGUACUACAGUUUCCUCAGCUACAGUGUCUACUGGUACUAUGUCAUCAAGCAGUUUAGCCACACCUACUCAUUUCAGCAGCUCAUCUGCUACUACAGUCUACUCGUAUAAAGUAAAAAUACUCAAUCCAAAGAGGAAAUUUGAUACAUCAAAAUGUAAGUUUCUUGACACUUUCAAGUUUGAAAACUCCAGUCCUUCUUUCUCCUGGAAAAAAACUCACAAUACAGAAUUUACCCUACAGGCAUUACAGCGUCUCGUGAAUCAGGGGUUUGCUCAAGUAACUCCUGAAAGGUGGGCCAGUCUAAUUAAACAUACUCAGGAGAAAGUAGAAGAUGUAUACUUUACAGCUGAUAGAUUAGAGAACUGGAAACGAGUUGAAGAAUUUGUCAUACAUGUUGGAGCAGAUGAUGACGAAAGUGAUUCAGAUGAAGAGUACAGUGACAUCAGUGAUUAUGAUUCUGAUGAUUCUGACGAUGAAAUAUGA